UCGUAAUCAUCGGGAGAGGAUUCCAACUUCGAGACGGGAGCGGAGAACAAACGUCUCACCUUCCUAUUGGUUGGAGAUAACCGAGUCGGCCAAUUCCCCGGCUAUAAAUUGAACCCUCAACUUCCCCUUUCUUCACCACAAUUCAAUCUCAAACAACCUAUCCUCCUAAUCAAAUUUCCGAUUCAGAGCUUUCCUCUCUCAAGAUGCAGAUCUUUGUUAAGACACUCACCGGGAAGACUAUCACUCUUGAGGUCGAGAGCAGCGACACCAUCGACAAUGUUAAGGCGAAGAUUCAGGAUAAGGAGGGAAUCCCUCCGGACCAGCAGAGGCUGAUCUUUGCCGGCAAGCAGCUGGAAGACGGGAGGACCUUGGCUGAUUACAACAUCCAGAAGGAGUCGACCCUUCACCUGGUUCUCCGUCUGCGUGGAGGCAUGCAGAUCUUCGUCAAAACCUUGACUGGAAAGACCAUUACUUUGGAGGUGGAGAGUUCUGACACCAUUGAUAAUGUCAAGGCGAAGAUCCAGGACAAGGAGGGAAUCCCUCCGGAUCAGCAAAGGCUCAUCUUCGCUGGUAAGCAGCUUGAGGAUGGCAGAACCCUCGCUGACUACAACAUCCAGAAGGAGUCGACUCUCCAUCUCGUUCUGAGGUUGAGGGGAGGUAUGCAGAUCUUUGUGAAGACCUUGACUGGGAAGACCAUCACCUUGGAGGUUGAGAGCUCCGACACCAUUGACAAUGUCAAGGCGAAGAUCCAGGACAAGGAGGGCAUUCCCCCAGACCAGCAGAGGCUUAUCUUCGCCGGGAAGCAGCUCGAGGAUGGAAGAACCCUUGCUGACUACAACAUCCAGAAGGAGUCUACCCUUCACCUUGUCUUGAGGCUCAGAGGUGGUAUGCAAAUCUUUGUGAAGACUCUGACUGGUAAGACCAUCACUUUGGAGGUGGAGAGCAGUGAUACCAUUGACAAUGUCAAGGCCAAGAUUCAGGACAAGGAGGGCAUCCCACCAGACCAGCAGAGGCUCAUCUUUGCAGGAAAGCAGCUCGAGGAUGGGCGAACUCUGGCCGAUUAUAACAUUCAGAAGGAGUCAACUCUCCAUUUGGUGCUGAGGCUUAGGGGAGGGAUGCAGAUCUUUGUCAAGACUCUUACUGGGAAGACUAUCACGUUGGAGGUGGAGAGCAGUGACACCAUUGAUAAUGUGAAGGCCAAAAUUCAGGACAAGGAGGGUAUUCCACCAGACCAGCAGAGGCUGAUCUUCGCUGGCAAGCAGCUUGAAGAUGGAAGGACUUUGGCUGACUAUAACAUUCAGAAAGAGUCAACCCUCCACCUUGUCCUUCGUCUGCGUGGUGGCUUCUAAAGGGUUGUUCUUGUCUGUUGUUGCUGUGGAUGUGUCUGUAAGUCUGUUGAUGAUGGUUUGAAGGUUGUUGGACUUAUGAUGGAUAUUUGAAGAAUGUUUUUUUAAGUUUCUGGUGCAUGAGGUUAGCCUGGUGUCUCCUCUAGUUCCAAGCUUUGUUUCUUUCAGGUUAUGUUGGCCCUGGUGGCCUUGUGAACAGUUAUGUCUCUCUUGUUUUUCUGUUGAAUAAAAUUGUCGGAAGUAUUUCGUGUCUAUGGUAAAUAUUUCUUCA